AAACGACAGUGUUGAUAAAAACGUGAAAAACUUGUAUGAAAAUCGUACGAUUUAAGAUUAACCUUGUUAUAUUGUGUAUUGAAUCACUGAGAGUUAUCGGUGAAAAAUGAGCUCAAUCACGAGGCUAUAUCGAACUCCAGCUUUUACCGCGGCUAAAACCAAGGAAAUCUUAGAAAAUUUAAAAUCAAAAAACCCAAAAAUCAUCGCAAUCGAGACAGAAUUAUGUUACCACAUCGAAACAACCAACAACUUAACACCAGAUCAACUAAAAACGAUGAAGUGGCUCCUAAAAUGUCCGUUCGAACCAAAUUUACUAACAGAAGAAACGAUUCUUUCACCAAAACCCAACCAAAUUCUAAUUGAAGCUGGCCCAAGAUUUAAUUUUUCAACUUCAAACUCAACGAAUGCAGUUUCGAUUUGUCAUAGUUUAAACAUGAUUAAUGUUGUUCGUUUGGAAGUUUCGCGAAGAUACUUGAUCACGUUAAAUAAGAAAGUUGAUGCGAAAGAGGAGGAAGAUAUCGCUUCUUUUUUAUACGAUCGAAUGACUGAGUGUCGAUAUACUAUACACAACAUUCCAAAAACAAGCUUUAACGAAAAUUUGCGUAAAAAAGAUGAUCUUCGCGAUGUGGAUGUUAUGAAGAGGGGGCGAGAUGCUUUAAAAGAAAUCAACGACGAAUUGGGGUUGGCUUUUGAUGAUGCAGAUUUGGAUUAUUACACCGAUUUAUUCAAGAACGUUAUGAAACGUAACCCAACUAGUGUUGAAUGUUUCGAUUUGGCCCAAUCGAAUAGUGAACAUAGCCGACAUUGGUUUUUUAAAGGGAAAAUGAUUCUCGAUGGCGUCGAAUAUGAGAAAUCACUAAUUGAUAUGAUUAUUGAUACGCAACACCACACCAAUUAUAAUAACGUCAUUAAAUUCAGUGAUAAUAGUAGUGCCAUAAAAGGUUAUCUGCAUAGAAGUUUAAAGCCUGCUAAACCAUGCCGCGUCAGCGAAUUUAAACAAGUCAAUUCAGAUUCCCAUUUAAUUUUUACAGCGGAAACUCAUAAUUUUCCAACGGGUGUAGCUCCAUUUAGUGGUGCCACAACUGGAACUGGUGGAAGAAUUCGCGAUGUGCAAUCAGUUGGAAGGGGAGGUUAUUGCAUUGCUGGAACUGCUGGAUAUUCAGUUGGAAAUUUAAAUUUACCUGAUUACCCAUUAUCUUGGGAAAACCCCUCAUUUGAUUAUCCAAACAAUUUCGCACUACCAGCCAAAAUUUUAAUUGAAGCAUCAAAUGGAGCCUCUGAUUAUGGAAAUAAAUUCGGCGAACCCCUCAUUUCAGGAUUCGUUCGUUCAUUUGGAAUGUUAAUUAAUGAUGACCGUAGAGAAUGGAUUAAACCGAUUAUGUUCAGCGGAGGAAUUGGUUUCAUGGAAGCCGAUAUGGUUGAAAAAACCAAACCUGCAAAAGGACAUCAAAUCGUAAAAAUCGGAGGCCCCGUUUAUCGAAUCGGAGUCGGUGGUGGUUCUGCAAGUUCAGUUGAAGUCCAAGGUGACAACAAAGCUGAGUUAGAUUUUAACGCUGUCCAACGAGGCGAUGCAGAAAUGGAAAAUAAAUUAAAUCGUGUUGUGAGGGCUUGUUUAGAAACGGGGGUAAGAAACCCAAUUUUGAGUAUUCACGAUCAAGGAGCUGGAGGGAACGGAAAUGUUUUAAAAGAACUCGUCGAACCAACCGGAGGAAUUAUUUACGCCAACAAAUUCGAUUUGGGCGAUCCAACAAUAAACUCGCUCGAACUUUGGGGUGCCGAAUACCAAGAAAGUAACGCUCUUUUAUGCAAAAAAGAAGACGUCGAGUAUUUAAAAAAAAUCUGCGAAAGAGAAAGAUGCCCGGUUAAUUUCGUUGGGGAAGUCAACGGAACCGGAAUGAUCGUUUUAGCUUUAGAUGAAACUUCAACUAAAACUCCGGUUAAUUUAAAUUUGGAACACGUUUUAGGUAAAAUGCCUAGGAAAAUUUUCAAGAGUGAUCGUCUCCCAAAAAUUAACAAACCUUUACAGUUACCGACAGUCUCAAUUUAUAAAGCUCUCGAACAUGUUUUACGUUUACCCUCGGUUGGAAGCAAAAGAUAUUUAACAAAUAAAGUUGAUCGAUGCGUUACGGGAUUAAUUGCUCAACAACAAUGCGUUGGACCAUUACAUACUCCGUUAGCAAAUGUUGCUGUUACUUCAAUAACUCAUUUUGGAUACGAAGGGAUUGCUUCAUCAAUUGGGGAACAACCAAUAAAAGGACUUGUAGAUAACGCAGCCGGUGCAAGAAUGACAGUAGCUGAAUCAUUAACUAAUUUAGUAUUUGCUGGAAUCUCAGAUAUACGAGAUGUAAAAUGUUCAGGAAAUUGGAUGUGGGCUGCAAAACUUCCAGGUGAAGGAGCAGCUCUUUACGAUGCUUGCGUCGCUAUGACGAAUAUUAUGAAAGAUAUCGGAAUUGCUAUUGAUGGGGGAAAAGAUUCUCUAAGUAUGGCAGCUAGAGUAGGUGGAAAAACUGUAAAAUCUCCGGGAACUUUAGUUAUUUCAACGUACGCUCCAUGCCCGGAUGUAAGAAAAGUUGUUACGCCAGAUUUAAAAGCACCUUCAAUGGGGAAGAAAGGUGUUUUGUUAUUCGUUGAUUUAUCAAAUGGAAAAAGUCGAUUGGGCGGAUCAGCUUUAGCUCAAUGUUUUAAUGAAAUAGGGAACGAAUGUCCCGAUAUUGAAGACGAUGAAGAUUUUGUUAACGCGUUUAAAGCGAUUCAACAACUUAUUAAAGACGGCGCUUUAUUGGCUGGUCACGAUAUAAGCGAUGGCGGUUUAAUAACGUGUUUACUUGAAAUGUGUUUCGGAGGAAUAAGUGGAAUUGACGUAAAAAUGACCCACAGAUCUGGCCAACCGGUUGAUGUUCUUUUCUCUGAGGAAAUCGGUUGGAUUUUAGAAAUUAUGGAAUCAGAUCUUAAACAUUGCACGAAAGUUUUCGAAAAAUUCCACGUCGAAGUGUACAACAUCGGUAAUAGUAUUGGAUAUGGAUUAAAUUCAAAAAUAGCUAUAACCGUAAACAAUGCGUGCAUUGAAAGCACGGUUUUACCAUUAAUGAAGAUGUGGGAGGAAACAAGUUAUCGCUUAGAAUUGAGACAAACCAUUAAAGAAUGCGCUGAUUCUGAAUAUAACUCUUUAGAUAAACGAACGGGACCUAAAUAUUAUUUAAGUUUCGAUCCCGAUGAAGACCGUAGAAUUAAAUUAGCACCUGUUAAAGUUGCCGUUUUGAGGGAAGAAGGAACUAAUGGAGAUAGAGAAAUGGCCGCUGCUUUAGUUAGGGUUGGAUUUAGUGUUUGGGAUGUUACUAUGCAAGAUUUAAUUAAUGGAAGUACUACUUUAGAUGAUUAUAGGGGAGUUAUUUUUCCAGGAGGAUUUAGCUACGCUGAUGUUCUUGGUUCUGCUAAAGGUUGGGCUUCAAGCAUUCUUUUCAAUCCAAAAUUACAAGAACAAUUCCAACGAUUCAUUUCCAGACCGGAUACUUUCAGUUUAGGAAUUUGUAAUGGUUGUCAAUUAAUGGCUUUAAUCGGGUGGGUUGGAAACUUGCCCAAUGUAAAUGACCAACCGGAUAUUAUGUUGGAACACAACAAAUCAGAAAGAUUCGAAUGCCGCUGGUCCACUAUUAAAAUAGAAAAAUCUAAAUCAAUCAUGUUGAGAAACAUGGAAGAUUCCGUUUUUGGUGUUUGGGUUGCUCACGGAGAAGGAAGAUUCGUUUUUAAAAACGAUAAAAUUUACAAGGAUUUAGAAGAAAGUGGUUGUGUUGGGUUGAGAUAUGUCGAUGAUAAUGGAAUGCCGACCGAAGUGUAUCCAAUGAAUCCUAAUGGGAGCAUCAAUGGACUCGCUGGGGUUUGUUCUAAAGAUGGGCGUCAUCUAGCGAUGAUGCCUCAUCCUGAAAGAUGCGUUCAAAUGUAUCAAUGGCCGUACAUGCCUCCAGAUUGGAAAGUUUAUCAGAAAAGUCCAUGGGAGAGAAUGUUUAGAAAUGCUUUUGAUUGGUGUAAUGGAAUUUAGAUUUAAUCUUUUUGUAUUUUUUUUAUAUGGAAAAUAAAUUGUAGCCCGAAUGUAAAAUCCGGGCUAAGUGCAAAAAAUGAA